CCCUGGCGGCGGCCCUGGCUGCUGUGCGCUCUCCUGCUGGCCAGUUCCGCGGCCGGUUCCCAGAAUCAAGAACGGCUAUGUGCUUUUAAAGAUCCAUAUCAACAAGACCUUGGGAUAGGUGAGAGUCGAAUCUCUCAUGAAAAUGGAACAAUAUUAUGUUCAAAAGGUAGCACAUGCUAUGGCCUUUGGGAGAAGUCAAAAGGGGACAUAAAUCUUGUGAAACAAGGAUGUUGGUCUCACAUUGGAGAUCCCCAAGAGUGUCACUAUGAAGAAUGUGUAGUAACUACCACCCCUUCCUCAAUUCAGAAUGGAACAUACCGUUUUUGCUGCUGUAGUGCAGAUUUAUGUAAUGUCAACUUUACUGAGAAUUUUCCACCUCCUGACACAACUCCACUCAGUCCACCUCAAUCAUUUAACCGAGAUGAGACAAUAAUCAUUGCUUUGGCAUCAGUCUCUGUAUUAGCUGUUUUGAUAGUUGCCUUAUGCUUCGGAUACCGAAUGGUGGCAGGAGACCAUAAACAAGGUCUGCACAGUAUAAACAUGAUGGAAGCAGCAGCAUCAGAGCCCUCUCUUGACUUAGAUAAUCUGAAGCUGUUGGAGCUAAUUGGCCGAGGUCGAUAUGGAGCAGUAUAUAAAGGUUCCUUGGAUGAGCGUCCAGUUGCUGUAAAAGUGUUUUCUUUUGCAAAUCGUCAGAAUUUUAUCAAUGAAAAAAAUAUUUACCGAGUGCCUUUGAUGGAACAUGACAACAUUGCUCGCUUUAUAGUUGGAGAUGAGAGAGUCACUGCAGAUGGGCGCAUGGAAUACUUGCUUGUGAUGGAGUACUAUCCCAAUGGAUCUCUCUGCAAGUAUUUGAGUCUUCAUACAAGUGAAUGGGUAGGCUCUUGCCGCCUGGCUCAUUCUGUGACUAGAGGGCUGGCUUAUCUUCACACAGAAUUACCACGAGGAGAUCAUUAUAAACCUGCAAUUUCCCAUCGAGACUUAAACAGUAGAAACGUGCUGGUGAAAAAUGAUGGAACCUGUGUUAUUAGUGACUUCGGGUUGUCCAUGAGGCUGACAGGAAAUAGACUGGUGCGCCCAGGGGAAGAAGACAAUGCAGCCAUCAGUGAGGUUGGUACAAUUAGGUAUAUGGCACCAGAAGUGCUAGAAGGAGCUGUGAACCUGAGGGACUGUGAAUCAGCUUUGAAGCAAGUAGACAUGUAUGCACUUGGACUGAUCUACUGGGAGAUAUUUAUGAGAUGUACAGAUCUCUUCCCAGGUGAAUCUGUACCAGAAUACCAGAUGGCUUUUCAGACAGAAGUUGGAAACCAUCCCACUUUUGAGGAUAUGCAGGUUCUUGUGUCUAGGGAAAAACAGAGACCCAAGUUCCCAGAAGCCUGGAAAGAAAAUAGCCUGGCAGUGAGGUCACUCAAGGAGACAAUUGAAGACUGUUGGGACCAAGAUGCAGAGGCACGGCUUACAGCACAGUGUGCUGAGGAAAGGAUGGCUGAACUCAUGAUGAUAUGGGAAAGAAACAAAUCUGUGAGCCCAACAGUCAAUCCAAUGUCUACUGCUAUGCAGAAUGAGCGCAACCUGUCACAUAAUAGGCGUGUGCCAAAAAUUGGGCCUUACCCAGAUUAUUCCUCUUCCUCAUAUAUUGAAGACUCCAUCCAUCACACUGAUAGCAUCGUGAAGAAUAUUUCCUCUGAGCAUUCAAUGUCCAGCACACCUUUGACUACAGGGGAAAAGAACCGAAACUCAAUUAAUUAUGAACGACAGCAAGCACAAGCUCGAAUCCCCAGCCCUGAAACAAGUGUCACCAGCCUGUCCACCAACACAACCACCACCAACACAACUGGGCUCACUCCAAGUACUGGCAUGACCACUAUAUCUGAGUUGCCAUACCCAGAUGAAACAAAUCUCCAUGCCACAAAUGUAGCACAGUCUAUUGGUCCAACUCCUGUGUGCUUGCAGCUGACAGAAGAAGACUUGGAGACCAAUAAGCUAGACCCAAAAGAAGUUGAUAAGAAUCUCAAAGAGAGCUCUGAUGAGAACCUCAUGGAGCAUUCUCUUAAACAGUUCAGUGGGCCAGAUCCACUGAGCAGCACCAGUUCCAGCUUGCUUUACCCACUCAUAAAGCUUGCAGUGGAAGUGACUGGACAGCAGGACUUCACACAGGCUACAAAUGGCCAAGCGUGUUUAAUUCCUGAUGUUCCACCCACUCAGAUCUAUCCUCUCCCUAAGCAACAGAACCUUCCUAAGAGACCUACUAGUUUGCCUUUGAACACCAAAAAUUCAACAAAGGAGCCCCGUCUAAAAUUUGGCAGUAAGCACAAAUCAAACUUGAAACAAGUAGAAACUGGAGUUGCCAAGAUGAAUACAAUCAAUACAGUAGAACCUCACGUGGUGACAGUCACCAUGAAUGGUGUGGCAGGUAGAAACCACAGUGUUAACUCUCACGCUGCCACUCAGUAUGCAAAUGGAGUGGUACCAUCAGGCCAGACAGCCAAUAUAGUGGCACAUAGGGCCCAAGAAAUGCUGCAGAAUGAAUUUAUUGGUGAGGACACACGGCUAAAUAUUAAUUCCAGUCCUGAUGAGCAUGAACCUUUACUGAGACGAGAACAGCAAGCUGGCCAUGAUGAAGGUGUUCUGGAUCGUCUUGUGGACAGGAGGGAGCGGCCACUAGAAGGUGGCCGAACUAAUUCUAAUAAUAACAAUAGCAAUCCAGGUUCCGAACAAGAUGUUCUUACACAAAGUAUUUCAAGCACAGUAGCAGAUCCUGGGCCAUCAAAGCCCAGAAGAGCACAGAGGCCCAAUUCUCUGGAUCUUUCAGCCACAAAUGUCCUGGAUGGCUGCAGUAUACAGAGUGAGUCAACACAGGAUGGCAAGUCAGGAUCAGGUGAAAAGAUCAAGAAACGUGUGAAAACUCCCUAUUCUCUCAAGCGGUGGCGCCCCUCUACUUGGGUCAUCUCCACUGAACCACUGGACUGUGAGGUCAACAACAAUGGCAGUGACCAAGCAGUUCCUUCCAAAUCGAGCACCGCUGUUUACCUUGCAGAAGGAGGCACUGCCACAACCAUGGUGUCUAAAGAUAUAGGAAUGAAUUGUCUGUGAAAUGUUUUCAAGCUUAUGGAGUAAAAUUAUUUUUUGCAUCAUUUAAACAUGCAGAAGACAUUUUUUUAAAACUGCUUUAUCUUCCUGUCAGUACCCCCUCCCAUACCUGCAACAAGGACUUGCUUUAAAUAGAUUUCAGCUAUGCAGAAAAAUUUAGCUUAUGCUUCCAUAUUUUUUAAUGUUUUUUAAGUUUUGCACUUUUUGUCUAGUCUCGCUAAAGUUGUAUUUGUCUGUUAUGACCACAGAAUUAUACACGUGUGUAUAUCAAAAGUGGUCUCAAAAUAUUUUUUUAAGAAAAAAAGGCAAAAACAAUGUAUUGCUGAUAAUCAGUUUGGACCAUUUUCUAAAGGUCAUUAAAACAGAAGCAAAUUAACUACAGGUUUGACUGCAGUGGUGUCUGGUAUCCAUGUUUUAUUUCUGGGCACAAGCUAGUUUGUUCGUUUUCAAACCUAUUUCCUGUUGGAUAUUUCUUGUCUCUUGUAUUUUGUUUGAAUGUGCAAUAGUCUGUGGAUCACAAAUAAGCUUUCUUGUAAACUCUCUUCCUAACAGGGCACAGAUUCUUCCAUAAUACAAUCAUUUUUCUCUCCCAUUCUUCCAUAAUAUAAACAGUUUUCUCCACUAUCUCCUAUACUUUCUGUAGGUCAGUUCUGUGACGGUAAAUUUUGCACAGGAGAAAGCAGCUACCCUAUUUGUGCGUUCCUCCUUCUCAUGGAGAGUGCAGGAACAUUGUCACAAAGGGCUCUGAAGAAGGAACUACCAAAACCAAAGAAAUGGAAUGCCAUUUCUUUUAACCUUCCAAAUCUUAAACAUUUCCUUCCAGGCAUUUUAAUAAGCAUGUUUGGUUCUGGUUGAAAAUUCAUUAAGAGAGCAUAGAACAAAGUACAGGAAAUCAAAUGUUUUUUCCAUUUUAUUUUUCUCUGUAUGUUUAUGUUCCAUAUUCAUUUAUUUUAAAAAUACAUUUUUAUCAGAAAACUUGUAGAGCUAAACUUACAUGAAAUUUUUUUUUUCUCAGUACAGGGGAUUAAACUCAGGACCUUGCACUUGAGAGAUAGGCUCAGUACCACUGAGCUAAAUCCCCACAACCCCCUUACAUGAAAAUUUUAAGUUAGUUUAUGGGUAAAACAAUAUAAUGUCAUAACCUUCAUUCUCUAAAAAGGUCAUUUUUGACUCAAAUAAAAUUACAUAUUUCCUGUUUAUAACUUUAAAAGUAAUUCAUAGUCUUCUACCUGUAGUAUCUUUUCUUUUGUUCCCAAGCAAAGCGUGGUGAGUUUACCUGAAAAUGAUUCCUCUUCCCAUGACCAAAAACACUGUGUAGAGAAAUCAUCCCUCUGGCUCGAGCAUCCCUGUGGGAGAAAGGCUGCUGCCAAACUUAUCUUUUUGAGCAAACUGAGAUUAGCCAUCUUUCUUUGCAAAACUGUAUUUCUUUGCUCUCCUGUUUUCAUAAUUUCUGCUUUUGCCAGCUUUUCACAUGAUCUUUUACAUGUGAACAGCAUUUAUUAUUUAUAUUUUUAUAGAGCGUACCUUUUGGUGAUAACAUGCCCUUGAAAUUAUACUGUGUUUUAAAGUUUCCAUUGCUUAUUUCAUUACUAAUAUCUUCUCUAAAACAGCAACUUCUGUAUUUUUUUCAAUAAAGCACUUUUUGGCGAAAAGGGAAUUUUUUCUAAACAUUAUUAUCUAUCAGUUUGCAAAGUGAUCUUAUUUUCAGAUUCUGAAUACUUACUAGACAUUAAUUCUAAGAUUUUUCUGAGAGGUAAAAAUUAAGAGAAAAAAAAAUCCUGAAUUUCCUGAUUUAGAUUAUUUUCUGAACAAUAAUUUUUCAUUUAUAGUCCUCUGUCUUCAUCAUUUACUAAACAAAACUAUAUUUCUGAAUUUUCUGUCCAAAAUAUUUAUAAAUUUUUUGUAUAUAAGCCUGUUAUUUGCCAUCUGCCAUGACUUUAUGAGUUAGACAUAUUUCCCAUUUUCAGCAGCUUUGCUGAACACAAUUCUCAGUUCAAGAAUUAACAAUAUCUUACUAGUGCCCAGGGUUUCUACCUUUUAUGUUUUACUGGCCCCCUCUUGAUUCAGACCCUUAACAUGUUUUAGUCUCUUGGCAUAUCCUUUUUCUCAUAUAGCUGUUAUCUUUUUUCUGUGUAUCACAUUAUUGUAUCUUUUCCAGUAAAUUUUCACUUAGUUCUCUUUAUGUCUUUCAAAUAGAUUUCAAGGUACUAUUUUCAAAAAUUUCUGGGACAGUUUCACAUCAAAAUAUAUUUCAUCUCCAACUUGCAGCAAUGAGUAUAAGUGACCAUUUGAGGUCUAACUCUUUUUCUGUCAAAAUAGGAGUUAUCUUACAUUCUGAUAUACUUUGUAUUUGGGCCAGUUGAUUGUAAGUUUUCCAACAUUUUAACAUUUAAUAAUAGUAUUAUUUUUAAAAUUAAUAUACUAGAGUAAAAGAACUCUGUAUAUUUUCCCAUUUCAUGCAAACAUGUUUAAAAGUUUCCCCAGUUUUAUUACUCUUGAAAGAGCAGGAAAGGUAGAAACAACAGAUUAUUUUAAUAAAUAUUAGAUUAUAUUUUAUAUCCAAUUUUUAGAAUCUGUUAUACAAGCAAGCAAAAUCGCUUUAAGUGACUCAUGACUCAAAUGAAUUGCUAAGUUUAUUCAUCUGAUAAUGUUUCAAAGCUGAUAUUCAACUAAAAUCACAGAAUUUUGCAUGUCAAAAAGAACUUAGGCCCUUUAAAUAAAAGGACAUUCGAUUAAUAAAUAUUAAAAUUUAUUUCACUAGAUAGUAAGUACCUUAAAAACAUCAUAAUAUAUUAAUAGCUCCCUUAACAAAAAUCCUAAUUAUAUGCCAGAAUUAAGUAAUUAAAAUAACUUGAUUUGUUUUUUUGUUUUUGUGGUAAUGGGGAUCAAACUCAGGCCCUUGCGCUUACAAGGCAGGCUGCGGAACCACUGAGCCAAAUCCCCGGCCCUGAAAUAACUUGGUUUGAAUUACAGUUAGACUAAAAUGACUUACAUAUAAAUCCUAAAAAAAUUUUUUUAAUGCAUAAUUGAAAAAAUACACUUCUUACAAAAAGUUAUGACAAGGAAAAUACUAAAUGCUGGGAUACACCUACGUUGCUGCUUUUAAUCCUCACAACAAGCAGAGGAACAUUAUAAUUGCUAUUCCUACUUUACAAAUGAAGAAACAAAAGAGAAGCUAGGUUCGUAGUUUGUCCCAGGUUCGAAUCUAGUAAUAGACAAAGCUGGGGUUUUAACCUGGAUGUGCCUUCCAAAUCAGAUACUAUAAUUUUAGCAAUUAUGCAAACAUAAGACGUAUAGACAUGUCAAUGCUUAUUGCUGCUUAAGAAAUAAUUACUAACUCAAGGCAAAAUUUGAUUCUACAUAAAUGCCAUCACAAAUCUUAAAAUCAUUCACCAAAUCCAUGGCCUUCUUACAUUGCAGAACUAAAAGUAAAAUAAAUGUAAGGGGAAAGUUAAGGUAGCUAUGGAAACAAUAGACUUUUUCCUAAAUUUAUUUCAUACUAGAUUUGGAACAGUUAAUUUAGUAUCAGUCUCAUCAGUCCUUUGCCUGUAUCUUCAAACUGUCUACUUCAGAAAGUGACUUUAGAAAAUUGGUUAUUCCAGAGAACUAGUUGGGUAGAAUAUAAGAAGGAAAAAAGGACAACUUGUUUAUAAAGCAGUUUAGUUUAACUUCUUUACAAGUAUCUACUUGUUCUAGAAAGUGUAUGUUAGUUCUGAAUGUGAA